CCCGCGCGCUUCCCCGGCGAUGUCGCUCCUCCAGCCGCGGUUCGUGCAACUCUCCGCCGCCUCCCUCGCGGUGGUGUUCGGGCCGGACGAAGAGAGCCAGCAGCACGGCCACAACCACAACCACCGCAGCGGCGGCACCACCACCACGGGGCUGGAGGUCUUCGCUGACUUCAAGGCGCAAAACCUGCGCAGCUUUUGGAAUAAACGACUCGUCAAGGCCAUGGGAGAGGUGCACUUUCAAGGCUGGAUGGACAACUUGGUGCUUUUCAUACAAGGGAGCCCCGGCAGCUUGGAGGUGCUGAGAGAAGCCUGGAUGCGGAGAGCUCUCAAGUCCGCCAAAGGCUUGCUCAUCAGGGCUGUGGGUGACCUGUCCCCGUUGCAGAUGUCCCCCGUCCCGCAGUCCCAGUUCAUUCCCUUAGCGGAAGUGUUGUGUUCUGUCAUCUCAGAUAUGAACUGCUCCCAAAUCACCGUCAACCAGGAAGCUCUUGUAAAUUACAUGAGCAAAGCACAUCCAGGAAUAACCAUCCCGACUCAGGAUAUCCUUUAUAGUACUUUAGGAACUCUGAUCAAGGAGCGUAAAAUUUAUCACACGGGCGAGGGCUACUUCAUCGUUACACCUCAGACGUACUUCAUCACCGGCAACAUGGCUCAGGAGAAGAACUGGUGGACUUCAGGUUCAGCAGAUGACCCUCCAUCACCUCCUCCAAUUACGUAUCUUUUGAGCAACGACAUCUGUGUGGAGAGCACUCAGACGCCCCCGGUGGCACACUGCAAGUCUUGCAGCUGCUUCAAUCCACUCCCGACAUCCACUCAUCCACUCACCGCCGCUAAUGCAACUUCGAGCCUUCCUGCAUCCACCGUGCCAGAUCGGAAUUCUGUCUCUGUUUCAGUAAGCGAAUGCACAGGCAAGAGCUUAAAAUGGCCUCGACCGUCCGAUCACAAACCGUCAGUGCAGCAUCAAUCCACGUCCACAGCAGCCGACUGCCAGGGGAGUGAAAUCAGCAAAACCACGGAAACUACCACCGUCGCUAUCCGCAAAGAGAAGGAUAACAAACCCAAAAAGUUUGGUCUCAGUUUAUUCUGGAGGAAUGGAGGUAAAAAGGAGAAGCCGAAAAAGGAGUAUGCAUCCUUCUCCGGCCAGUUUCCUCCCAAGGAGUGGCCGGUCCGAGACGAGGAUGACCUCAACAACUUACCCCGUGACCUGGAGCACGCCAUCAUCAAGCGCAUCAACCCGGAACUCACUGUUGACAACCUGACGCGCCACACCGUUCUAAUGAAGAAGCUGGAGGAGAGGCGGGAGAAAGCUCUGGACAAAGGAGUAAACAAAGGCAUGUCAACUGAGAUGGUUGCAAGUUCAAAACUGAGGUAUCACCAUUCAUCUAAGUCGGGGAAAAGAUCUACUCAAAGAAUCUCUCGUAGCAAGCGGAGGGCCCACUCUUCCAGGGAAAAGCAGCGGGAGAAGAUGAAGAGUAAAGUUGCUUUAUGCACAAGUACCUAUCCAGAAGGUGCGGAUCUGAUCCCGACCCGACUACGAGUGGAAAUCCCCGUUGAUGAAGGCAGGAAAGUCGACGAUGGUGUCUCGCUUUACAAGAAACGCAUCGAAAACCCUUUCCAGAUUCAUCCCGACUCAUCCGAGCCUGGAGUUCCUCGUGAGAAUCGAAGAUGUGAGGCAAAAGACGGUUGGUCAUCUGGUAGAAAGGAACGAAGUCAUCGUUCCAAAUCAUGGGACCCGCAUCAGGCCAAGCUGAGAGUGACAGGUGUCGAGCACACAGGGAAUUCUCCUAUUUCUGAGGAGACAUAUCCGGGGAGGGACUUUCAUUUGGAACAUCUGCUCCAAUCCGACUUGCCGCUGGACUACAGCCCAGCGUAUCCGCAGAGCUGCACGCUACGGAUUGAAGACAAGAUCCGACAUCAAAGGGAGGGAAACAACCAGACUUUGAAUGUUGGACUCUCAAAUACAGAACUAUUCACCAGUUCCGAUGCUCCACAAUCCAAGUCUUACGACACAACCGUGGCCUGGACCAAGCACCCUCUCGGACUAACAACACAGCAAAGAGAUGAUAUUCCGAGGUCGGACGAGCUUUCUCUUCGUCAUCGUACCUGCGAAAGCACAACCACUGCAGAGCCAAAGGACGUUAGAACCAUGAAUGUCAACAGAGAGUCGCUAGUUGAAAACUGUCUGUCAGCGACAAACACUGACGCCUUGCGAGAAGAUGACCACAGACUCUACCAGAGAAUGGACCAGCAGAAGGAUGAGGAUUCUUGCAGCUCCCUGUGUUUGAAUGAGGAUGAUAUAGAACACCACAACUCCCAGUUAGUUUACCGUAAAUAUGAGCGUCAGGGAUCGGUCGCUCACUUUUACGAUUCCGACUUUCACCGUCAAGAAGCUGCCUCAAUAAAUGAUUCAAGGGAGGUUUCUCUACCUGUGGAGACCGCAUGGAGACAUCUGCAUCAGAGCACUGUAUCACCAGCGCCUCAAGAUGAAACCGGCUCCAGGCAAGAAGCAUUGUUCCAUGACGGUUUACACAAAUCCAACCCUGAUUCGGACAGUCCGGAACCACCCGAGGCCUUGGACAGCAGCAUCUUCGACUACUGCCCGAUGAGUGAGAUCGAAUCGGAUGCAGAGACCGUCCGCAAGUCCACUGAGGAAGGGGAUGGUGAAUUGGCCAACUGUCCAACAGUUUCUGGGACUCCGGGUGCCAGUAUGGGUGCACCUAGGGGGGCGGAACCUGGGGAACUGGUGGAGAACCGGAGCAUCACAGGAGACAGCGGCAUAGAUUCUCCACGGACCAGGGUCAGUUUGUCCUCCAGUAACACAGUCAUUCUGGAGGGUCUGAAGAGAAGAGGGUUUCUGCAGAACCUGGAGAAACUGCACUCCAAGAGUGGCGCCAUUCGACCUCAGAGCUCGCUGCUGCAGCUCACUCCUGUUAUGAACGUUUAGACGUUUGCUUUUCAUCACAACUUCUAUGCAACUCUUGUGAAGCCUGAGGCAAUGCAAGUACAGAUGCUGCAUGUAUAUUUGUCUUUAUUGUAAAUCAUUGAUAAAGUGUACUAAAUGAAGGGCUUAUGGGGCUAAAAUGUACAGUUUUGCAUAUUUUUCUCUUGGGUAAAAAGUGUAGCUUACUCUUGUAGAGAUUUGAAAAAAAUAAAAUGAUCUACC